UGCUACAAUUAAACUUGGAAGAAUUUCCCAAAUUAAAUCCAUUAUUUAGUGAGGAGGAAAUUGAAUUUUUUAUUAAACAACUUAAAAACAAGACAUUCAUAUUUAAUAAUAAACUUAGUACUAAUGAAGCCACAGUGUGUGAAUACAUAUCAAUUUUUAUGACCAUGGUGGUUCAACACAUUCAAAAAUAUAAAGAUCUUACAAUGGAAUUGAAUGUGGAGUCUAAACUAAUAGAUCUCGAGGUUACG